AUGCCUUCGGAACAAGGUCACAGACUCUACGUCAAGGGUCGCCACCUGAGCUACCAGCGCUCCAAGCGCGCGGUCAACCCCAACACCAGUCUGAUCAAGAUCGACGGUGUUGACAGCACUGAGGCCGCAAACUUCUACCUCGGCAAGAAGGUUGCUUUCGUUUACCGGGCAAAGCGUGAGGUUCGGGGUUCCAACAUCCGGGUCAUCUGGGGCAAGGUUACCCGGCCACACGGCAACUCCGGCGUUGUCCGUGCUCAGUUCCGCCACAACCUCCCCCCCAAGUCCUUCGGUGCUACCGUCCGCGUCAUGCUCUACCCCUCCAACAUCUAA